AUGAAUCAGGUGGAGCCUCAACCCGUUCAAGCACCGCCAGCACAAGCACCGCCAGCUCAGGCACCGCCAGCAGAAGGGUGUGGCAUUUGUGGCGAUUUUAGCCACGGAACUAACGAGUGCCACCGAAUGGGGGAGUUCACACCUGAAGGGGAGGCAGAGAACCAGCAGCAGUUCUACCCACCUCAACAGCAGUUCCCCUUUCCUCAGCAGCAGAACUACCCACAAGCUUACCAGCAGCAGCCACCGCAGUAUCAGCAGUACCAACAACCCCCUAUGCAGCAGGCGAAUUUUCAGCAGCAGCAGCAGCAAUUUCAGACUGCUCCCCAACAGUUUCAGAAGCAAGCCCAACCACAGAAGCCGACUCUCGAGGACACCAUGCAAUCUUUUAUGGAGAUGACCAAGCAGAGCAUGGAGUCCCAGUCGGCUACAAUCAAGCGUCUCGAGACAACCGUUGGGCAGCUCUCCGGGACAUUGAACCAGAUGCAGCAGCAGCAACAACCAGGGAAGCUCCAUGGACAAGGAUUGCAGCCCCACCAAGCCCAAGCAGUUACUGUUUUACGCAAUGGAAAGGUGGUGAAUAACAAAGUGGAAGCCCCUGUGGAAGAACCACCCAAAGAAGCUCGCAUGGAAGAGCAAGUAAAGGAGCCGCUGCAGCCAAGAGAGGAGGAAAAUGAGAAAGAGAAGGAGCCCGAGGUGAAGCUCCACAAGGCUGCCAAGCCAUACAAGCCACCGGUUCCCUACCCAAGCCGGUUGAAGAAUGAAAAGCUGGACCAACAGUUCACCGACUUCUAUAACAUGUUGGCAAAGGUGAACGUGAACCUGCCACUUCUGGACGUGAUCAGAAAUGUCCCAGCUUACGUGAAGUUCUUCAAGGAGCUGGCGUCCAAGAAAAGGAAGUUUGUUGACAACGAGAAGAUUCUUGUGUCCGAGGUUGCCAAUUCCAUCAUGCAGCAGCCCUUGCCACCCAAGCAACGAGAUCCAGAUGCUAUUGAUGGCCUCGCCGAGAUGGUUUUUGCGCAGGAACAAGAGAUAGUGGGGGUCUUUGCAGGAUCGGCGGACAUGGAGGAGUUUGCUCGGGAAGCCGAGGAAAGAGAGAGAGAACGAAGAGACAAACUCCCCAUUGAUGAGCCUGUGGUGCUUGAAGAGGCCACGAAGUGCAAAAAGCCCAAGUUGGAACUCAAGGAUCUCCCUAAACACCUCAAGUAUGUGUACUUGGAAGAAUGA